GAACUGAGUUUCCAGGACUUUGGCCUCUUGUUUCUGGAGUAUACCUGUGCUCAAUCAGGGCAGUGAAACACUAUGACAACUACCAACGAUUCUGCAGGAGACACGAUGAGGCAAAGAAAAGGCAAAGCCUCGAAAGACCAAAACGGCAAAGGAGAAAAUGGGACAGCACCUGAUCACAUUAACAGUGUUGUAGAAUGGAACAAGCACAUGGAGGUUGUGAAGGCGGAGCUGGUAGAGAACAUGAGCUCUCACCUAAAAACCCUCCUUGAUAAGGCUGUGGCAGAAGCUGUGCUGUCCUACAAGAAAGAGAAUGCCACCUCGCUACCCCAAAAAAGGGACCAGGGUUCUGGAUCUGAUCAAAAGAAAAUAUUCCUGCACCGAGCCUCCCUGCUAGAUGAACUGAUGGAAGUGGAGCACUUUCGCACAAUAUAUCAUAUGUUUGCGGCAGCACUGUGUGUUUUUUUCAUCAGCACUGUGGCUGUCGAUUUUGUUGACCAAGGAAGAUUGGUUUUGGAAUUUGAUUUGUUGUUUUACGCCUUUGGACAACUUAAAACCGUGGUAUUUUCAUGGAUUACGCUCUUCAUCUAUACUCUUUGGAUCCCCUACAUAGCACUGCAUUUCUGGGGAUCUUCUUAUCCCAAAUCAAAGCACCCAUUCAUUCUGUCUGCUUCAGUCGCCAGCAUUUUUAUUGUAUGCCAGAUCUGCAUUUUGGGUGUUCUUCCCAUAUACAUUGUGGUUCAUUACAAACUGCCUCCUGCAUCAAGCAUCAUAGUCCUCCUAGAGCAGGUUAGAUUCCUGAUGAAGACUUAUUCCUUUCUAAGAGAGACUGUUCCAUCCAUCAUUUUAAAGGAAAGGAAGGAGGACCAGCUUCCAAAGCUCUCUAGUUAUCUCUAUUUUCUCUUCUGCCCAACUCUGAUUUACAGAGACAGCUAUCCGAGAACCCCAUAUAUUAGAUGGAAAUAUGUGGCUAAGAACUUUUCUCAGUUCCUAGGAUGUCUGUUCUUUACAUACUUCAUUCUGGUCACACUGUGCAUUCCAGUUUUCACUAAUAUGAGCAAGCAGCCGUUCAGGACUAGGACCUUGGUGCUGUCCAUCUUCCAUGCUACUCUCCCUGGCACUUUUCUUCUCCUGAUCACGUUCUUUGCCUUCUUGCACUGCUGGCUGAACGCCUUUGCAGAGAUGCUUCGUUUUGCAGAUCGUAUGUUCUACAAGGACUGGUGGAACUCGACAUCAUUUUCAAAUUAUUACCGUACAUGGAACGUGGUCGUCCAUGACUGGUUGUAUUAUUAUGUCUAUCGUGACCUCCUAAGGCUGUGUAACCAGCGAUUCCGGGCUGGGGUGAUGUUGGCUGUGUUCCUCAUCUCUGCUUUAGUACAUGAAUAUGUAAUAACACUGUCAUUAGGAUACUUCUACCCGGUCAUGUUUUGUCUGUUUGCCAUCUUUGGAGUGCUCUUCAACUUCAUGAUGCACGAUAAGCGAACAAGCCCAGUUUGGAAUGUGAUGGUUUGGACGUUCCUGUUCAUAGGCCAGGGUAUUCAGCUGUGCCUAUACUGCCAGGAGUGGUAUGCCCAGAUACACUGUCCUCUCACCGAGAAAACAUUCUGGGGAAUGAUAACUCCUCGUUCAUGGACCUGUCGCUUAUAGCUUAUAAAUUGUAGACUGCUUUAGGACCUUGUGAAGCCCUCCAAUGCUACAUCAUCUGCUAUGGAAAGAAGAGGCUACAGCAACCUACUUACAACUUAACACUUGAUCCCACAGACAGGGAGAUUUUCUGCAUGAUGUCUGACUUAUAAAACUCAUCAAAAUGUUCAAGCCAUGGCCUUGCAUUUACUUCAUUCCUGCAAUGACCAUUCAUUUAUAUGCAAUGAAGUAGGACCACGUCAAUCAGAGAGAAGUUUAUAAAGUAUAUUCAAUAAGACUCAUAGAGUGGGCAAAAAGAAGAUCAGCAGCGUUUUCUUAAAUUGAGAAAUUUUG